GUAGAGUUUUUUCUUGCAAAAUAAUGAUUGCUUUUUACAUUCUUCACGAAUAAAAUUAUAGUGGAAUAAUGUUAUAAAAUCGAAUUUUUUGCAUAUAUUGCAAUUGUUAAGAAGUUAUUUAUGUAGUGGCUAAAAUAGUUGCGUAAUAGUAAAAUUUGUGGCGCAGCCCGUCCUAAUUUUUUGGUGAAUAACUAAAAGUUAGAUAAAGACACUCGUGUCUCAAUGAAUUUGCUAGAAACGUGAUAGUCCGCCACAAAAUUUUUAAUAAUUUUAUGGGUUUUGCAACCCGAUUGGCGAAAAAAUACGUUGGGGUUUGUUGCAACAUAUAAAAGAAAAAAUACCAACAACAAUUAACAUCAAAAGCAAUGAGUGGAAGUUCUGGAAGUUCAGCAUCAGGCAGUGUGCAAACUGAGAAAGAUAAGGAUUCUUUGUGGUAUUUUUCCUCCGAUGAGUUGGCUAAUUCUCCCAGUCGUAAACAUGGCAUCGACGCUGACCAGGAACUCUCAUAUCGUCAAAUGACGGCGUACCUUAUACAAGAAAUGGGACAACGCCUUCAAGUCUCACAAUUAUGCAUCAAUACUGCCAUCGUGUACAUGCAUCGUUUCUAUGCAUUUCAUUCAUUUACUCAUUUCCACCGCAAUGGUAUUGCAGCUGCAAGUCUUUUCUUAGCAGCGAAAGUCGAGGAACAGCCCCGUAAACUGGAACACGUUAUUAAGGCAUCUAACAAAUGCCUGAACCAACCCAACUGUGCUACGACUGACUCAUACUAUACCGAGCAGGCACAAGAUUUGGUUUUUAAUGAAAAUGUUUUACUGCAAACUCUCGGAUUUGAUGUUGCUAUCGAUCAUCCGCAUACGCAUGUUGUGAAAACUUGUCAGUUGGUUAAAGCGUGUAAGGACUUGGCCCAAACCUCGUAUUUUCUAGCCUCCAAUAGCUUACACCUAACAUCAAUGUGUCUCCAAUACAAACCCACUGUUGUUGCCUGCUUCUGCAUAUAUUUAGCUUGUAAAUGGUCACGUUGGGAGAUACCACAAUCUACGGAAGGCAAACAUUGGUUUUACUAUGUUGAUAGAAGUGUAACGAUGGAAUUGUUAAAGCAACUAACUGAUGAGUUCAUUGCUAUAUAUGAAAAGAGUCCUGCCCGCCUUAAAUCCAAACUAAAUUCAAUCAAGGCACUCGCGCAAGGUGCCAGCAACCGUGCUGUAAAAGAUAAAAAGAUGCCACAAGAUGAUUGGAAAAUGGCAGAUAUGAUGAAAUCCUAUCACUCUUCUAUAAAUACCAAUGAUAGUUCGACCUCAUCAUACAAUUUAACAAAUCCUAAUGAACCAAUGCCGAAUAUAACCGCAAUUCUUCCUCCACCGCAACCUCCAAUGCAAGUUAGAAAAUCAGAUAUGCAUUCUAGUCAGCAUCGUUCUCACCACAGUUCAUCAACACACCAUCAUAAUAAAGUAAACUAUAAUUCUGGGGACGUAACUGAUCAUAAACAUAUGCAUAAGCAGCAACCAUACAAUAGCAAUCUACCGAAUCGAUCGAGAGACUCUACUCAAACACAUCAGUCAAUGAUGUCAUCUUCUGCAGUUUCUCUGCAAGCGGCAUCAACAUCUCGUUCAAAUAUGCCAAUGCUGAACGUGCGAAGUACCACAAGCACAAGUUUAGUUGGCCAAUCUUCUGCACCGCGGCCUGUUUCACAACAACAUUCUGAUCCAAACUUUCAUAAACCACGUGCCGACAGGAUUAAUCAACCACCUCAAUUACUACAUAAUGUGCCUCAACAUGCCACUGUUAAAAUGUCACAAAAACCUGAAACAAAUCGUAUUCCUUCGAAAGAUAUGCCUGUCCGAAUACCAGAACAAGUGAAACAUAGCGCCAAGUUGUAUCCCCCGACGUCAAUGGGACUAACAUCUCAUUUCCCUAACAAUCAACAUCCUAUGACCACAAAAUCAGAAAAUAGCUCUGACGUUAAUCGGAAUUUAAUGCACAACCAACGUCCUUACAAUAACAGCAGCAAUAAUAGCACUAGCAGCAGUAGCAGUAGCAGUACCAGUAGUCUACCAAAUUCGUUUACCUAUCAUCAACCGCAAGUACAACGGCCCAACAAUAGUAACAACAACAAUAACAACAAACAUGACCAAACAAAACUUUUAUCCGUCCACAUGCAACAACAUAAACAAUUACAACAGAACGACACGUCAUUUGGCAAUGGAGCACAUGACAGUCAACAACUUCCUAACCAACAGCAUUUAAAUAGUUUUACGACUCUAAGUCAGCGUGGGUCAGAAGCAAUGCAUAGCGAAGAUCAAGGUAGUGCGCAGUUUACGGCUCAUAAUAUGCUACAACAAAGGCCAGUGCACACGCAGGCAAAAACCGCAAAUCAAUCAAUGUUUAGUCCUGAUUGGAGCGACAAAACACAGCACUCAUUAUUGCCAAACAAUAAUAACGGGGGUCAGAAUAUUUCCAAUGCUUGCGAUCCAUAUGGUUUGAAAUUGCCAACGAAUGUUAAAGAAAGUCCGAAACGCAAUGAACGUGAUCUUAUAUCUGAAGCACUAAUGAAAAAGGAGAAGAACCGUUUAUCUUUUGGAACAGAUAACACCGCUCUUAACAUGCUACGUUCCAAUUUACUGUCACACCAAAUGCAACACACACAACUACCACAAUCGAAACAAAUAUUGCAGAGAAAACAGGAAAGUAACUUUAAUGAAUUUGUCGGCACAAGUAUAGGAGCAGUUGGUAGCAUAAAGAGGCCUAAUGAAGGCAUAACAAUUAAACAGGAAGAUGAAUUGCUACGUGAUAGCAAAAUUCGCAAAAUCGAAACAGAUAACAAGAGUAGUGCGGAACUGGGCAAACUACAUGUCAUUAAUGGCAUAGAAACCAACCCCGAUCUUGUAAGAAAUCUUCUAAAAGAGAGUCUUUGUACCACAAGUACAUUCAUCAAAACAGAACCUAUACCUGCUCCAAGCCUACGACCACCUGCAGAGCUAUUGGAACCUACUCCCAUAACUACCAUUAUGAAAGAUGUUAAAGAAGUAACUGCAAUCACAGAACAAAGUGCUUUAAGUGAGCAAUUAGGUGGUAAAGCAGAGAAGAAGAAGAAAAAAGAUAAACACAAACAUAAAGAAAAAGAUAAGUCGAAAGAUAAGGAAGAACGGAAAAAACAUAAAAAAGAUAAAGAUAAACAUAAAGACAGAGAUAAGGAGCUGGAAGGAUCUGAACCUGUCAAACUGAAAAUACCCAAAGAAAAGUUAGAGGGAGUUAAUUUAUCUGGGGAGCCUUUAGGUGGAUUUAAAAUUAAGAUUCCUAAAGAUCGUAUAUCUGGAGAUAUAAAUAAUACUAAUAUGGGACAUAGUAAUAGUUCACUCGAAGUAGGAGCGAUGCCUAUAACACCAGGAUUGAAAAUUAAAAUUUCCAAGGACAAAAUUGAAACAUACAGCGGUCCUACCACAGACAUGAUGAAUGCAAUACAAACGACUCCAAGUGGGCAAAUUGGAUCGUCAUACUAUCAAACUUACAGCACACAUAACAGUAGUUCGAGCCAAAGUAGCGGCAGUAGCAGCGGUAAGAAAAAAGAUCGUGAUCGCGAUAGAGAACGAGACCGUGACAAAGAAAAGAAACGCAAUUUACACGAGCUGUUGAAAUCCAAUGGCAACUUGAACGCAGCAAAUGCUGCCGUCGGAGCUGCAGCUGUGAACUUGAACAAUCCGUUGAUUAAAUCUCAAAAUUCCAGUAAGAUUCAACACUUUAGCAACAAUAUGUCCCAACUGUUUGGCGAGUCCAACGACGAUGACGACGACGACGAUGAAAUAGAUGACUUUCCCUAUAAGAACUAUCAAGAAAGACGAAACUCACACACACAUCAAUAUCAGCAACAACACCAGCAUCAGCAGCAGCAACAACAACAGCAUCAGCAACGACAUCAACAGCAGUUGCAGCAAAGAUAAUAGCAAUUAAAAUUUGAAUAAAAUAUUUCAAUAAAAUGUCUGUCUGUCAAGCAAAUGUUAAGUUAAUCAUAAACAAAACAAAACAAAAUGAUGAAGAUUAGUGGAAUGAUUAUGUUUAGGAAACAGUUCUAAAAGCUGUUCAACUUCCUCAUCGUGGAUUGAGUUUGUGUUGAGUAAGAAACGCAAACCAAAACUAACUUCUACGUCUACGUAAAAAUUAAAUAUCUAAAAAAUAACAAAAACAAAUUUAAAAAUAUUUA